CGACAAACCGGCCCGAAGUCUCCCAAUGUUCCCGGUGUUUUAUUGCACGUGUGCAAGGUCCAAAGGUCUUGCGUGAGCAUGCGUUCGGGUGGUGGGUCCCUCGGGUAUAAAGCAGACCAGCUGUGUCGCUGAUAAGCAGCACUCUUGUUUUCUUGUCGCGCAGCACCAGGCCCGAGAUUUUUCUCUCCCCCUCUCUCUCUCUCUCUCUCUCUCCCUCUUUUAAGAUGAACGCCGUCAUGGACGCCGCGCAGGGUUUCGGGGUGAGCAGCACCCGCUACCUGCAGACCAACUACCCGGACGCCCGGGGCCUGUUCCUCUGGGUGUCCUGGGCGGCGGACCUCAGGAACACCUUCUUCAUCUUCUUCCCGCUGUGGUUCCACCUGCGCUCCUCCGUGGGCAUCAAGCUCAUCUGGGUGGCCGUGAUCGGCGACUGGCUCAACCUGGUGUUCAAGUGGAUUCUGUUCGGCGAGAGGCCUUACUGGUGGGUCCACGAGACGGCGCACUACGCCAACGCGGAUCGUCCUCACAUCGAGCAGUACCCGAUGACCUGUGAGACCGGCCCAGGAAGCCCCUCGGGCCACGCUAUGGGAGCAGCCGGUAUCUACUACACUCUGGUGACUUCCAUCCUCGCCCUCAUGUCCAGCAAGAAGAAAGGUGGCGGCAAGAGGCCCACCAACCAGGACUGGUAUCUGAAGGCUGCUCUGUGGACGCUGUUUUCGGGAGUCCAGGUGUGCGUCUGUCUCUCCAGGGUCUUCAUCGCCGCCCACUUCCCCCACCAGGUCGUUGCUGGCGUCAUCACAGGUAUAAUCGUGGCCGAAGUCUUCAACAGGACUCAGUGGAUCUACAGCGCCAGCAUGAAGAAGUACUUCUACACGACCCUCUUCCUGACCUCCUUCGCCGUCGGCUUCUACCUGCUCCUCAGGUCCGUGGGCGUGGACCUGCUGUGGACCAUGGAGAAGGCCCAGAAGUGGUGCGUGAGGCCCGAGUGGGUCAACCUGGACUCCACGCCCUUCGCCAGCCUCCUGCGCAACAUGGGCACCCUGUUCGGCCUGGGCCUGGCCCUCCACUCGCCCCUCUACGCCGAGGCCAAGAGGAGCGGCGGCAGGACCAGCAAGGUGGGCUGCGUGGUGGGCUCCCUGGUGCUGCUGCACCUCUUCGACUCCUUCAAGCCCCCCACGCACACCGCCGCCCUCUUCUACCUGCUGUCCUUCUGCAAGAGCGCCACCGUGCCCCUGGUGGCCGUCAGCAUCGUGCCGUACUUCGUGAACGGAGCGCUGAGCCUGCAGAGCAAGAAGGGGGCGUGGCCUCGGGACUAUACGCACUGACCACGAGGGGAGUGGGGACUUGACGCGCGCGUUUCGUGAGCCCAGCUGGUCUUCGGAAAGGACAAAAGGCCCGUGACACCUUUUGUGACUUGGACACUGAACUGUGUAGAGCACUUUGUGAAAGCACUGUCCAGGAGGCGACCCGGUGGCACUUGCAAAGAGCGAUUACGAAUUGACUAAAAUGAGAUAUUUCUUUCAGAGUCCUGAUGAGGACAAAUGAACUCGUGCAGCUCUUCUGUUAGACCUCAAACAGUCACUCACUGCUUCCACCUGGUAUUUCAACUGUAUUAGUAAUGUAUUUUAAAUGUUAUACAAAGUAUUUUUGAAACUGUUUGGAAUAUUUUUAAUAAAAAAUCU